GCCCAGACUUUCGUCACAGGGACAGACCAAAGUGUUAACACAAAGGGAGAACACGGGAGCAUCCUGCACCCUACAUUUCAGCCACAGAAAAUAUGGCACCUCCGGGCGGCCGGCCCACGCCCUGACCGCCGGGAGGGUCUCAGCACCCCCAGCAACCCGCCGCCCCUUCCAGCUGCGGACAUGCUCGGGGGAUCGGGAUUGCAGGGAAGACGCAGCCUGGCCGCGCUCUCCCAGAUCGCCUACCAGCGGAACGAUGAUGAUGAGGAAGAGGCCGCCCGCGAACGGCGCCGCCGCGCCCGGCAGGAGAGGCUGCGGCAGAAGCAGGAGGAAGAAUCCCUGGGGCAGGUGACUGACCAGGUGGAGGUGAAUGCCCAGAACAGUGUGGCCGACGAGGAGGUCAAGACAAGCACCUCGCCCGCGCAGGUGGAGGGCGACGACGACGAGGCUGCGCUCCUGGAGCGCCUGGCUCGGCGGGAGGAGAGACGCCAGAAACGCCUUCAGGAAGCCCUGGAGCGGCAGAAGGAGUUCGACCCCACGGUCACGGACGCGGGCUUGCCACUUCCCAGCAGAAGGCUGCACAAUAACGCCGCCGACAGCGAGGCCACCGAGAAGGAAGAAAAGAGCGAGCAUGGCCAAGAAAGAUACGAGAUAGAGGAGACGGAAAUCAUCACCAAGUCCUAUCAGAAGAACGACUGGAGGGACGCUGAGGAGAAAAAGCCGGAAGAAAAAGAAAAGGAGGAAGAGGAGGAAGAGAAGCCAAAGCAAGGGAGCCGGGAAGAAAAUCAGGUAGAGGUGACGGUGGAAGGCGGAACAACAGGAACAGCGGCCCUGCCGUUGGAAACGGGGCAGCUCAGGGCAGAAGAGCCUAGAACAGAGGGGGAGCGGGAGCAGGGUUCAGACGAGGCCGCCCCCAAUGGCGGGAUGGAGACGGAAGGGAGGGAGCAAGCAGAGGCAGACAGGGCCAGGCUGGCAGCGGAAGAAAGAGCAAGAGCUAAAGCUGAGCAAGAGCAGAGGGUAGCAGAGGAGCAAGCAAGACUGGAAGCAGAAGAAAGAGCAGCUGCACAAGAGAAAGAAAGGAGGGAGGCGGCCGAGAGGGAGCGGGUUGAGCAAGAGAGAAGAGCAGCGGAGGAGAGGCAGCGGGCAAAGGCAGAGGAAGAGGAGAAAGCUAAGGUAGAAGAGCAGAAGCUUCGGCAGCUAGAAGAGAACAGAAGAGAAAUGCAAGAGAAAAGGCACAAAGGGGAAAAGGUAGACGAGAAAAUGGAAGGGAAAUGGGUAAACGAAAAGAAAGUACAAGAAGAUAAACUCCAGACAGCUGUGCAAAAGAAACAGGAAGAAGAAAAGGGGGCCAAAGCACAAGCUAAAAGAGAAAAGUCCCAAGAAGAAAAGCCUACCUUCAAAAAAGAGAUCAAAGAUGAGAAGAUUAAAAAGGACAAAGAGCCCAAAGAAGUGAAGAGCUUCUUGGAUGGGAAGAAGGGAUUUACAGAAGUGAAGUCACAGAAUGGAGAAUUCCUGACCCACAAACUUAAACACACCGAGAAUACUUUCAGUCUCCCUCAGGAAGAGAAGAGGAGGCUAAAGGAAGAGAUUGAAAGGCGACGGGCAGAAGCUGCUGAGAAACGUCAGAAGAUGCCCGAAGACAGCUUAUCAGAUGACAAGAAGCCAUUCAAGUGUUUCACUCCUAAAGGUUCAUCUCUCAAGAUAGAAGAACGAGCAGAAUUUUUGAAUAAGUCUGUGCAGAAAAGUGGUGUCAAAUCAACUCAUCAAGCAGCAGUUGUCUCCAAGAUUGACAGCAGACUGGAGCAAUACACCAGUGCAAUUGAGGGAACAAAAACCGCAAAACCUCUGAAGCCAGCAGCCUCGGAUCUUCCUGUUCCUGCUGAAGGUGUCCGCAAUAUCAAGAGCAUGUGGGAGAAAGGGAAUGUGUUUUCAUCCCCCACUGUGUCAGGCACACCAAAUAAGGAGACUGCUGGCUUGAAGGUGGGGGUUUCCAGCCGCAUCAAUGAAUGGCUAACUAAAACCCCAGAUGGAAAUAAAUCACCCGCUCCCAAACCUUCUGAUUUGAGGCCAGGAGAUGUAUCUGGCAAGCGGAACCUCUGGGAAAAGCAAUCUGUGGAUAAGGUCACUUCUCCCACUAAGCAGGUUUGAGAGAGUUCAAGAAAGAACCCAAAGUAGCCGCUCAAGAUGCUGGACCAGCUCAGUUGGAGAGGGCUAGUUUGCUCUGUUUUAUAUUUAUGUUGAUUUACUAAAUUGAGUUCAUUUCCUCUUGUUUUAUUUUUCAUUAUCCCAGUAAACCCAUGUAUAUUAUCACUAUAUUUAAUAAUCACAGUCUAGAGAUGUUCAUGGUAAAAGUACUGCCUUCGCACAGGAGCCUGUUUCUAAAGAAACCCAUGCUGUGAAAUAGAGACUUUCCUACUGAUCAUCAUAACUCUGUGUCUGAGCAGUGAUACCAGCCACACCGGAAGUCAACUAAAGGAGCUUCACGUUGAAAAUUGCCUGAGGAAUGUGUGCAGUGUCCAGAAAAACAAGCCCUAGUGGUUUUAUUUGGGGUUUUUUUAUUUUUAAUACAGAAAUCAUGUUGUUUCUGCACUUUAGCAUAAAGCACGGAAGAAAUUAUCUUACUAGGCAAUUGAAACACUUUCUGAAAGUAACCCAUUUCAGAUUUGAGAUACUGCAAUAAUGAUUGUUUUAAAAAAAAAAGAUAUACUCUUAAGGUAUUACUUUUUUCAUGUGAUGAAUAUCUAAAUUGGAUUAUGAUGUUAGCUGACAUUGGUACUGAUUCUUUAGGUUGGUUGCUUUGUGGAUUUCUUUGGUAGUGAUAGCGAACCACAUUUUACAUGACCUGAUCAUGUAUGUGUGUGCAUACACGUAUACAAACACACUAAUGGUAGAAAGCUUUUUUAUGUGCUAGACUAUUAUAUUUAGCAAUAUGUCCUUGUAACUAGCCAAUAUCACAGCUUUUUAAAAAUUAAAAAUCACAAUAUUAUAUUAAUAUUUCAUAUUUGCCAAUAGAUACAUGGCAGAAUAGGUAUUGAUAUGUUUCCAAUGCCCGAUAACCUGUAAGAAGAAAAGAGAGAUUAUAGAAGUGUCAAAAUUAGUUGACAUUUUCUAUAAAACAGAGUAUUUAGUUUAUAAUUAAAAACAAUGUUGAAGUCCAGUGUGAAUUGUCCCAAAUCUACCAUCUGGGUCAAACUCAAAGCUUGCUCAGAACUCUAUUCUGUUCUUAAAAUCAAGUCCACAGUAGGUUGGCUUAGAUGAUAAAUGAAGUCUCUUCCUUCUCUAAAAUUUGAAGACAAGAAUUUUUGUCACAAAAUUAUACAGAUUGGAAUUCCACGUGUGGGUAUGCUAAGACCAACUUUGGCUAAUGUCUGGGAGCAGAGAAGAAAAGUGAGCAAAAGCCAGUAUUUAGGAGUCAUGACAGUAUUUCCAUUCUUAAUAGACUGAAACAUCUUUUAAAUUAAACUUUUCUACUUUUAUUAGUCAUUGGUACUUGUCGUAAGUUGAUAACAUGUUGAAUUUUAAAAAAAUAUAUGUAACUUUUAUUAGUUCUACCUUUUUCCCCAAGAGUCUAUCGACUUGUCAUUUUUACAUUUUGCACACACAAUCUAGAUAUCACAUCUUAUUUUAGUUUAUAAGUGUUCAUCUAUUCUCUACAAUAGAUGAUAAGAGUACUCCAGUGUCUUGGCAAUAUGUUCUAGCAUAGAAAUAUACAUGUAGUGUAAUUCUAUAAACUUAUACCUCAUUUGACUUAACCAAAAUUGUCUUAGUCUCAAUUCCUACCACAUUGAGGGAGCCUCUCAAAUGACUGUUUUCUAAUCUACAGUACUGCCCUGGAAGAGCUAGCCAGGGCAAGGCUGGCAUGAGGAGUGACCACUGCCUUCCAAAAUAUAUUUUCCUCAUAAAUCAGUAAAGAGUUGUCGAAUCCUCUAGCUUUAGCACACCUGGGCCAAAGGAAGGAAAGCCACCAAGAUUGCACAAGUCAUCCACCCAUGACAGAGUAGACAUGAGUCUAUGACAAAAUGAACUAGAAUUUGCACGCAGUGCCUGAUUUUAGCAUUGACUCCCGUAAUUGGAGUGAAAUGGAUCAAAGUUUGAAUUAAGGCCCAUGGUGAGGUAACAUUGCUUUGUUGUACUUUUGAAUAAGAGCUUCUCCUGAUCACUAUUACAUAUUUUUUCCUAGAAAGUCUAAAGUUGAGAAGAGAAUAUAUCGAUCCUGACUUUUAUUCCAAUAAUGGAUGGAAUAAAUUUUAGGGUAGAAUUUUGUUCAGUUUGGAUUUAAUCUUUUGAAAAAUAAAUUCCUUGUUUACUUGUUUGAUUACACUUCUCUUUGUUAUCUUUAAGAGGUAAGACUGCAAGGUGACUAGCAUGUUCUGUGAAUCUGCCAUUCCUAAAAGUUUUAUAAACACUUGAUAUUUUCACUGAUAAUUGAUCGCUGCAAUAAACAUAUAUUGUGAAAAUGCAUCCACAAUAAAUGGAAUUCCUCCAAAUGUC